GGCCUUCCGGGCGGGUGUGGGCUGCGGCGACCCGGGCUAGGCGCGGCCACACUGCCUUCCAGGGGAGCUUCUUCUCAGUCCGUUCUGCUUAUAACAGUGAUCUCACUGUGUAGCUCUGGCUGUCCUGGAACUCGCAGUGUAUAGACAGGCUGGCUUCGAACUCCUGCCUAGACAGCCGUUUGCCACUGCCUCCCAGAUGUGAUGUGAUUAAAGGCGUGCGUCACCAUGCACAGCCUUUCCUCUCAGCUUUUUACCACAAAUCGUAGAAAUCGUUUUGCAGACGAUGCACCUAAGGCAACUGUUUUCUGCAAAGCCUACCACGGAGGCCACCUAACCAUACGCCUUGCUUUGGGUGGCUGCACCAACAGGCCUUUUUACCGCAUCGUGGCUGCUCACAACAAGUGUCCCAGGGACGGCCGAUUUGUGGAGCAGCUGGGCUCCUAUGAUCCACUGCCCAACAGUCACGGAGAGAAACUGGUCGCCCUCAACCUGGACCGGAUCCGGUAUUGGCUUGGCUGUGGAGCUCACCUCUCUAAGCCUAUGGAGAAACUUCUAGGUCUGUCUGGCUUUCUCCCCCUGCAUCCGAUGAUGAUCACCAACGCUGAGAGACUGCGGAGGAAGAGAGCACGAGACGUCCUCUCGGCGUCUCAGAAAGCAGAGUCAGAGGACAAAGAGACAGAAGCAAGCUGACCUCAGUGACCACAGCUGUGGCCACAUGCUCACGGGCCUGUAAAACUUGUGCGUAGUUUCGUAUUGGGUUUGAGGAUCAAUAAAUGGAAUUUCCUAA